CAUUUUAUUUCCAUGCUUUAAAGUUUAUUGUAAGCACUUUCAAUUUUUACUGAUACAUAGCACAUUCGCCUUUCAGACCUUCAAGCUUCAACACCCUUGAUUGGACACCUCCAAUAAGCUGUGGGGUGUCUAUUUUUGAACUUUUGGAUUAUCAUCCCACGCACACAUUAUGAUUGUCAUCGAUAUCGAUUUUCAUUAUGACUCAAAAAUAACACUUACUCCUGACUGAAAUCUCAAAACAUGGGAUUAGAUUUAGAGCUACAGGAUAUCCACGUUCUGGUCACAGGUGCGAGCGGCGGUAUCGGGUUGGAAACUGUAAAGCUCUUUCUCGAACAAGGCGCGAAAGUAACAGCACACUAUAACUCCAACUCAACUUCCCUUCAUUCACUCGAGUCUCAAUUUUCUUCGAAGCAAUUAUUCGCUGCUCAAGCCGAACUCACCUCCGAAUCUUCCGUUGAAUUAGUCUUCGCAUCCGCUCAAGCCCAUUUUGGCCUUCCUGUACAAAUUCUUGUUGUCAAUCAUGGAAUUUGGCCUCCGCAAGACACGCCUAUAUGGGAAAUGGAGCUAGAACAAUGGAAACGCACUAUCGACGUCAAUCUCACUGCGAGUUUUUUAGUGACGAAGCAUUUCCUGAGAUGCUUGACAAAGGCGGAUGUAAAAGAUGAAGAGAAGCAGAAGGCGAAUAUUGUGUUUGUCGGGAGUACGGCGGGAAGAUUCGGGGAAAAGGGACAUUCGGAUUACGCUGCGUCUAAGAGUGCCCUAAUGUAUGGAUUGACCCUCACCCUUAAGAACGAAAUCGUCAAAAUUGCACCCCAAGGCCGCGUAAAUUGUGUUGCGCCAGGUUGGGUACGAACACCUUUGGCUGAAGACGCGUUGCGUGACCCAGAUGUAGUUUAUCGUGCACUAGCAACCACCCCGCUCAAGAAGAUCGCAACUACCUACGAUACCGCAAUGCAAGUUGUGUUGUUGAGUUCAACGAAAGUGUCGGGGCAUGUGACUGGACAGAUCGUCAAUGUUGCUGGCGGUAUGGAGGGACGCUUGCUGAACAAAGCAGACGAUAUUUAGUGGAAACGAUCGCCAUUUUCUAUCUUAGUGACGGUAGAGGUAGAGGGCGGUCCGCCGCUUGCCAGAUUGGAAGGGGGGAGUGAUCCUGGGUGAUCCUGGACAUUCCUCUGAUGCCCGAGGAAUAUAUUUAUCUGAACGAUGGGUACUGAUUGGGGCAGGGACAAUUCGUAGGUGGUUAUCGCGAUGAUCAAC